AGUGAGGCAGAAGCCACACACAGCGCUUUCCCUGGAAAGAGAGAUGUGUUUAUCUCUGAUCUGUUGUGGGUGGAUGCUGUUGUUUUCCGUUUUUGUGUUUGGCAAUGUGGCAGUGAAUCACACUACAACUUUAUUUGUCAAUCAUGGAGAGUCUGCCAAAAUCAGAUGCAACUACAGCCGAACAGAUGACACAGAAAUCAUGACAGUGGAUUUACAAGCAUUAAAUCAUGCACGCAUGUGUUCAUACAUACAUUUGAAUGCAUGGCAAAAACAAAGUUGUAAAGAUCACAUCAGAUUCAUAUGGAUUCCAGAGGCUGAGGAAAUAUCAUUUGAGCUAUUAAAUCUCUGUAUUAAGGAUACCGGCACAUACAUCUGUACUGUGAGGAGGACUGCAAAACCACCUCAAGUGGAUCUGGGAGUAGAAAGAGUUCAAGUUAUUGUGUAUCCCGCCUUGUCUCUGUCCUGUGUGAAGAGGCCUGAUGGAUCUCCCAUGAUUCUGUGCUCUGUGGAAUUUUACCACGAUUCACUUGAACAGUUGUGGAUCAGAGACGGUGACGUCCUCAAAAGCUCAUACUCAAACAAAUCAUUCAAUGGAUUCUUCAGUCAGCAAUCAUACCUUAUAAUACCACCACAAACCUUCAAUGAUACAAUCUACUCCUGCUGGGUAAACCACUCGUCCUUAAACAAACCACUCGUGGCCAAUUUAUCAAGUUCUGUCUGUUACGAAACUGGGGGUGUAACUGUGACUGUGACAGUAGUGUUUGUCAUGUUGACAGUGGUGUUGACUGUCUUUUUGAUCACUCCAGUCAUAUGUAAACAUUACAAAAGAGCAGGUCAGCAGUCUGUGUCUCAUGUAGGAGUGAGUUUCACACCUGAGCCUGUCCUCCAUGAUCACCUGCAGUCUGAGAUACUGUACUCAACACUGGGUGACCAUCAUCCAGUCCCAUGCAGCCCUGCCAUUGUCCGAUCAUUUGAACAAUAAACACUGAAU